CUUCCCCUUGCCUGUCCGCACGUGUUUCCGCUCGGCGCUUUAGACAUGGCGGCUACCACCGUAGAGGAAGUGCUAGCCCAGGUGGAGAAAGAUGAGGCGGAGAAGCUGAAGCUCAUCACCGUGCACAAGGAGCUCGAGCUGCAGUUUGAUCUGGGGAACCUGCUGGCCGUAGACCCUAAUGCUCCGGACGGCAAAGCCUUUCGGCAGCAGAAACGAGCCGAGUUCCUGCGCUCCCUCGCCCGGGACAACACGCAACUGCUCAUCAACCAGCUAUGGACGCUGCCCACACAGCGGGUGCAGGAGUGCGUGACCGCCACCUUACCGGAGCCCACCACCCGCCUGCCCCGGGAGAAGCCUGUGCCCAAACCCCGAGCUCCCACCCGCUGGGAGGAGUUCGCGAAGCUGAAGGGGAUCCAGAAGAAGAAGAAGACGAACCUGGUGUGGGACGAAGUGCACAAGGAAUGGCGGCGGCGCUGGGGCUUUAAGAGGGCCAAGGAUGACACCAAGGACUGGCUGGUCGAGGUGCCCGUCACCGCCGACCCCAAUGAGGACCAGUUCGGGAAGAGAAUGAAAGCCAAGAAGGAGAGGGUGGCCAAGAACGAGCUGAACCGCCUGAGGAACCUCGCCCGGGCACACAAGGGUAAAGUGCCAGGCGUGGGGCUCACCCCCACCAGCCAGCCAUCCAAGAAUGAGCUGGGCAAAGCCAUGCAUGUGGCCAAGCGCUCGACAGCCUCGGUGGGGAGGUUCCAGGACAAGUUACCCAAGGAGAAGGAGCCCAGGAACAUGGGCAAGAAGAGGAAGUUCCAGCCUCUGGUGGGAGACUUCAAAGCUGAGAAGAGCAAACAGCUGGAGAUCCUGAAGGUCAUGGACAGUAAGAAGCCCAAGAUGGAUGUCAACAAAGCUGUCAACAAACAGAUGAGGGAGGAGGACGCAGAAGCCUCUGCCAAGAGGAGGAAGGGCAAAGGGGGCAGAGAGCGAGGGGGGCCCAAGAAGGGCAAAGGGGGCAAAGACCGAGGGGGGCCUAGGAAGGGGAAGGGGAAGGGACCAGCUAAGAAAGGCAAGGGCAAAAGAAAGUAAAGUAGAGACUCAAUGCUCAUUCUCAGCUGGGGGGUAUGGACUCCUGCCCCCCAAAGUGACCUCUGUGCCACCCCAGCUGCUGGAUGGGGUACAUGUCAGGACUGGUGAUGGGUGCAGAGGAGGUGGCACCUUCACUUUUCAUUUACAGAUUAUUUUUGUAACUUGAGUUAAUAAUUGUCUGCCCCUCUGCAGUGUAAGACUGGGGGCCUGGGGCAGCCAAGGUUCUCUGAUGUCAUGCCCUGCAUUCCUAAAUCUACAGUAAAAGAUCCAGUUUGCA